AAAAAUUUAAUCAAGUCUGCAUGUUAUCUUCAGUAUUUUGAAUACCAAAAAACAUAUUCCUACUGGAAAAAGAGAAAUAUCAUUCAUGACACGCCAUGGCCUAUUAUUGGAACUCAUGGAUAUAAGAUUUUUGGCUUGAAAAGUAAUGCUGAAAUAGGCAUUAUUUUGUAUCGAAAAUAUCCCAAGGAAAAUUUCAUAGGCUAUUAUCGAGGUAGCACCCCGGAGCUAUAUGUGAAAGAUCCUCAAUUUUAUAAGAACAUUUUAACCCUUGAUUUCGAUCACUUUUAUAUUCGAGCUGUAGAGCGGAAUCCAGAAAAAGAACGCAUGAUGUUGAAUUUGUUUAACUGCAGUGGGGAUUAUUGGCGUCUCCUGCGACAAAGACUAACGCCUGCGUUUACGAACCAAAAGUUAAUCAAAAUGUUUCCCUUAAUCGUAAGGUGCGCUGAAAAGCUUCAAGUAGCUGCCAGUGAGGUAAUCGCGGGCGGUGGGAUCGUGGAUGCUUAUGACAUGAUGGCACGUUACUCCAUGGAAUGUAUAUGCUCGAGUGGUUUUGGCUUAGAUACAGACAUAAUGAGUGAGAGAAAUUCCCAAUUUAUGACGUUGGGUGAGAAAAUUUUCAGUAGACAGGAAUGGCAGACUCGCAUUUUGGCUAUUGGGGAAGCAAUCCCAUCUAUUUGGAAGUUCGUGAAUACGUUUUAUGUCGAUCGUCGUGUAAAAACGGCCUUGAUUAAUCUUGUAAACUAUAUGCGUGCAAAGAGAAAAUUUAAGCCCAGUGGUCGUAAUGAUUUUAUAGACCUUUUGAUGGAGCUAGAAGCUUUAGGAACAAUGAAGGGAGAAUCGUUUGAAAGAAAAAACGCUGAUGGUACGCCUGUGGAAAUAGAACUGGAAAUGGAUUCAGAAGUUUUAGCAGCACAGGUUUAUAUCUUCUUUGCUGCUGGAUAUUCUACGUCAGCUAUAGCCGCAUCCACUACAUUACAUUAUUUAGCAUUGUAUCCUGAUGUACAACACCGAAUUCAAAAGCACAUAGAUGAAAUAUUAGCUAAACACGACAAUAAAAUAACAUAUGACUCAAUAUGUGAAAUGAGUUUACUGGAUAUGGCAUUGAAGGAAUCUAUGAGGUUGUUCCCACCAACAACUGCCUUUUCCCGUAUCUGUACAAAGCAAUAUACUUUUCCUGGUACGAAUAUAACUAUCGAUCCAGGUGUUAGAGUGGUGAUACCGACACAGGCGGUGUAUUCCGAUGAGAAGUAUUUCGAUAAUCCAACCGAAUAUAGGCCUGAGAGAUUUCUGGCUGAAGAAGUAAAUACGCGCCCAAAAUAUACAUAUUUACCAUUCUGUGAGGGUCAAAGGAAAUGUAUAGGUGCUCGUCUUGGAUCUUUUCAAUCGAUGGCGGGAGUAGCGGCUAUUCUACAAAAGUUUAAUGUAGUGAUUGCGCCAACAUCCAAAAAGGAGCUGAAGAUAAAUCGAAACAUCCAUCAUGUACAAGUAGUUGAUGGAGGACUCCCCGUCAAAUUAAUUGCAAAAUCAGAUCGAGCUAAUAUGUGACCUGUUUAAAAUAUAUAUUUCUUAGGAUAUGUCAGUGAGCGAAUUUGAAUAAAAAUUAAA